AUGGCAGACACCACCGCUGCCCCGGCCGCAGCCGCCGCCACCACCAACGGCAGCAACGGCGAGAAGAAGCAGCACGACCGACCCGCGGGCAACCCUGAUGCCGUCGAGAUCGCCAAGCUCGCCGGCGGCAAGCCCGACGCUGCUGCCAACACCGCCGAGCUCGACAAGCUGUCCAAGCAGAUCGAAUCUGUCCAGAAGAAGCUCAAUCAGGUCCGUUCGCUUCUGUCCGGUGCUGGGCCGUCCAAGGACUCCCCCGCCGGCAUUCGUCGUGCCGAACUGCGAUCCCAGCUGGACGAGCUGCGCAACCAGCAGGCCGGCUCCAAGGGUGCCCGCGGCAAGACGCUCGAAGAUCUCCGAACCCUCCAGGAAUCCAUCGGCAAAAAGAUCAAGGAUCUCCAGCAGGCCAAGAGCAAGACGCCGUACAAAUCCACCGCCGACGUCGACUCGCGUAUCCAGCGACUCGAGGCGCAGGUCGAAUCGGGAUCCAUGAAGCUGGUCGAGGAGAAGAAGGCAUUGUCGGAAAUCUCGCAGCUCAAGAAGAACCGCAAGGUCGUGGAGAACUUCGACACGUUGCAGUCGUCGAUCGAUGCGGACCGGGCCAAGGUGGACAGCCUCAAGGCGACGCUCGACAGUCCCGAGGCCAAGGCGCUCAACAAGCGGUACGACGAGAUCAAGUCGGAGCUGGACAGCAUCCAGGCCGAACAGGAUAAGCAGGCUGGAUCGCGCGGCAAGCUGCUCGACCAACGCACCGCUCUCUCGAGCCAACUCGAUGCGCUGUACCAGACCAGACGCGAUCGUCAAGCCGCUUUCCGCGCCGCUAACGACACGUUCUACGCCAAGCUCAACCAGGAACGUGAGAAGCGCGUCGCCAAACAACGCGAGGAACGCGCCGCACACGAAGCGGAGAAGAGGAAGGAACACGAGACGCAGAUGCGCGAGGACGCCGCUCUGCCCGCCUUCGCCAAGGAGAUCGAGGACUGCGACGUGCUGAUCAACUACUUCUCCAAGGGCGGCGCUUCGGCGGAAGAGGCCAAGACGGAGGAGACCAAGUCGGUGGGCGGGAAAGCGCUCAACCUGCGCCAGGUCAACGAGGGCGCUAUGGUUCCCAAAGGUGCCGUGCUCAAGCAGAAGAACGUGGAGGAGGAGACGUACUUUGCGGGUAACGCCAAGAACCGUAAGCCCAAAGGACGGGGUAAGCGCGGUACUCCUCUCGACCUCAACGCCGCAGAUGCAGAUGAGAACAUCGCGACGGAAGGUGGCAAGCUCAACGUGCCGCUGGGAACCCUCUCGGCGCUGCUCGCGCUCAGCAUCCCCCCUCCCGCAAACGCCGCCGACGUCGGUCGCGUCGUAGAGAACCUCAAGCUCAAGAAGCACUACUUUGUCAGCAACCAGGCCCGAGUCACCAAGGAGAACGUCGACAAGGUCGAGAAGCUGCUCGCAAAGUCGAGCCUCGAGGCGACCGAGGACAAGGUCGAGGCCUGA